AGACUCGAGCAGUAUGGCGCAGAAGCACACGCACGCUCGGUCGUAUAAUCGAGCAACGCUUUAGUACUGCUUACUGCUUCGCAUUGUAGAGAUGAUUUUUGUGUUGUUUGUGAUUACCGAAAGUAUUUUCAAGUUUUAUCUCAUAAAUAAGAGAUUCAUCGGAGAAUCAUUGUGUAGGCAUCUAAACGACAAUUAAUAAUAAUUGAAGAUUCAUAUAAGCAAUUAAGAAUCGUUAUAUUCGUUAUCUAUCUUAUCGGAAAACACAAAUCAGGAAAAUGCCAUUUACAGCGGAUGCAGCGGCCGCACAGAUCCAGGAACGUCUCCGAAAUGUGUAUCAGUUAGUUCACGAUAUUGAGGCACAGAGGAGUAGGUCUGAACAUAAUUUAAAUAAUAUUGUGAAAACUCACGAAAAGGUUACACCGGAAGAUAAAGUGUCUUCAUAUUAUCAACAAAAAUUGAAGAAUCUCUAUAGUGCAGCAGUUAUUGACGCCCACCAAGAAGAAGAAAUUUUGCGAAAAGCCUUGGGUAAAAUUAAUGAAAUCCGUGGGAUAAGGAACGAGAGGCGUAUACAGGCAAGAAAUGCUGGUAACAAAGAAACGAUCAGACGUGGUGCAUUAAUGAAGAUGCUGUUAAGUACAGCACAGACGCUUCCUCUUUAUGUUGGUAAAGCGCCAGGAGCGAAAGCACCUCCAUUGUGCGGUGCUGUUCCAGCUGAGCCCACCUACAUCGCGAAAAUGGGAGACAUGGUAGCUGCAUUGGUAAAGGGAUCGGAGGAAGAAGAAAACUGGAUACUCGCGGAAGUUGUACAAUUCAAUCAGGCAACAAACAAGUACGAGGUAGACGAUAUCGACGAAGAACAGAAAGACCGUCAUACUCUUUCACGUAGACGAGUGGUACCUCUACCAUUGAUGAGAGCAAAUCCGGAGACCGAUCCUCACGCUUUGUUCACGAAAGGUUCGGUCGUGAUGGCUCUCUACCCACAGACAACAUGCUUCUACAAAGCAGUUGUCAAUCAAUUACCUACCACGGCUACGGAGGAAUACGAAGUUCUUUUCGAGGACGCAACUUAUUCCGAUGGUUUCUCACCUCCGUUAAAUGUUGCACAACGUUACGUUAUAUCUAUAAAGGAAAGUAAAAAAAACAAGAGCCAAUGUUAAGUCAGUAUUAUUCUAUAUAUAUAGAAUAUAUUCUAUGUAUUUUCGUUAUAUAUAUUUAUAAGUAUUUGAUAAGAUUUAUUUUAUAAGAUACUCGUGAAAAAUAAAAAAGAGCGCGUUGAGCGUGGUUUUCGUUACCACCCUUAUCCUAUCAACGAACACUUGCUAUCCUUUUCUAUAAACAUCUUAACGAUAGCAAUCGGAAAAUAACAAUCUCGAAUUGUACAUCAUUUUUCCUUAUGAUACCAGUAUUAGUAUUUUUAACGUUGGAAUCAAUUUUAAUUUUAAUCUAUAUCUAUGAUAAUUACAAAUAAUUUUAGAUAUUUUUGAAACGUUUAAAUGCAUAGAGCACGCAUAUUUGAGUAUACUAAAUUACACGUGGUUGGAACUUCUCGAGGGACUAAGUGAGCAUAUGCGAAUAGGAAAAACGCGUAUCUACCGUUAGGGUACUAUAUCCGCAAUGCUUUUAGUCGAGUAUAAUCGACGUAGGUUAUACAAGGAUAAUGUCGGCAUUAGAGUACGUACCAACUUGGGAGGACCUCGACAUGUGAACUAUUUUGACCUUCCGCAGUAUCGGCAUUCCGUGAUCGGUUGGCAAUGUUAUUUCUUUCUUUAUAUUAGAAAAGUAUUUACAAAGAUGGUGGAAGGACAAAAUUAAAACUUCAAUCGGAGAAUAGAUCGUCCAAACCAUAAGAGCUUACACAAGGGAAGGGAACGAACAUAAAAGAGGAUUCUGUGCAAUAAUUAAUUACAUAAUCAGUGACUACCGUCAGACAUCAAAGCGACUCGAAGCCGAUGCUACUACCACAGUCGAUGAUGGUUCGUUGGAUUUAGCCAUUUCUCUUUAAUUAUUUAAUUUAAUCACCCUGGUACUUACUAUCUACAAAAAGCUUCCUUCAACAUAUGUUGAUAAAUUUAAUUGACUUUGCACUAUACUAUUAGUUCCCAACGGUACCCACAUGUGGUCGGUCAAUGUUGAUGUUAAAUUAUCCGUUUCUUUAUAUUAUCUAUGAAUACAUUUAUUCUCUAUUAAACCGUGUUAUUUCAAGAA